AAUGCCAACACUCAUAGUAUGACUACAGUUCCCGAUCACUGGUCAAUGGCUGAGGCGGUGACUAUACUCAGCACUUAUAGCACACUGUAUUACGCGCUCAUCAAAAGGGCUAAUUUGAAACGAGGAGAGAGUAUAUUGAUUCACUCGGCGGCUGGAGGUGUGGGACAGUCGGCUAUAAACAUGUGUCUCAACUACGGGUGCGAUAUCUAUGUGACGGUUGGGACGGAAGAGAAAAAGCAAUUCCUUGUGAAGGAGUAUAACAUUCCUGUGAACCGGAUAUUCAACUCAAGAGAUAUUCUCUUCAAGAAUCAAAUAAUGGAUGCGACGAAUGGAAAGGGAGUCGAUAUUGUCAUUAACUCCCUGUCCGGUGAAAAAUUGGACGCUAGCUAUGAAUGUGUGGCAAAUAGUGGCCGAUUCGUAGAGAUAGGCAAAUAUGAUAUGUUUCAGAACCGGAAGGUCGGUAUGUUUGACUUCCUGAGGGACAUACAGUUUAUUGGUGUGGCGUUUGACUCGGCGUUUAUGAAAGACCCGGAACUUCUCAACGAGUUUUACGAUUGGAUGCAUAAGAACUGUACGAAUGGUUGCGUAAAACCAAUCAAUUAUACGGUAUUUAAUGCCUCGGAGGCCGAGAAGGCGUUCCGAUUCAUGACAACCGGAUCGGGAAAGUAG